UUCAUCAACAUCUUGACUGCAAUAUUGAUUUCAGAAAUCAUCAUGAACGUCUUGCUUUGCUUCAUGGCCAUAAUUUUGGCAUGCUCAGCAGUUUCUGAACAUGAAGCCAGGAAGGAAUGGGAAGAAUUUCAGGUGAAAUUCGAGAAAAACUACAAAACUCCAGUGGAACUACAAAGACGGUUCAGCAUUUUUAAGGAAAAUCUUGAAAAAUUCGAAGCUCACAACAAACUUUACGCAGAAGGCAAAGUGGGACAUUUUCUUGGAGUCGGACCUUUCGCUGAUAUGACUCACGAAGAAUUUGCUAACCGUUUCGGUACAAACAUUGAAGAAAUUGACGACAGCGAAUUUACUCUGUAUACUCCCCUCAACAACACUUAUGAUAUACCUGCAGCAUUUGAUUGGAAAAAUAUCCCCAAUUGUGUCCAAAGAGUGAAAGACCAGGGCCAAUGCAGCAGCUGUUGGGCAUUUGCAGCGGCUGCAGCUCUGGAAGCACAAUAUGGUUUAGCAAAUCAUGCUGAUGUAGAACUCAGUGAACAAGCUUUGGUAGAUUGUUCGAACGAUUAUGGCAAUUUUGGGUGUAAUGGUGGUUUAGCAACAAGAGCCUUCAGUUAUGUUAUGAAUAAUGGUAUUCCAACUGCAGCUUCUUAUCCUUACACAGCCUAUGAUGGCACUUGUCAACCCUUCAAUUCAGUGAUGAAGAUCAAGAGCUUUAUGACAAUACCCAGCGAUGAAUCUGCCAUGUUAGAUGCUCUUUGGAAUCAGGGUCCGAUAGCGGUAUCUAUCGAUGCUCUUGGAAUGAUCAAAGAUUAUAGUGGCGGAGUUUUGUACGAUACACAAUGUACUACGAGUACGAAUCAUGCUGUUCUUGUGACUGGAUUUGGCACAGAAAAAGGUCAGGAUUUCUGGAAUAUCAAAAAUUCUUAUGGGCCUCAUUGGGGAGAAAGCGGAUUUCUCAGAUUGGCCCGAGGUAUUAACAAUUGCGGUAUUACAAAGAGACCCAGUGUUCCUGUUGUAUGAAAAAUAAUUAAAGCUUGCAAAGCCUGAUGAUCAAAUUUUCACCUUUCUCCUUGACCUCAAACACUUUAGACCAUAUAUACCUCAUCUUUAUGUACUUUCUGAAUUCCUUAAAAAAAUUUUAUAAACGAAUUGUAAUUAUUUUAAAUGUUUCUAUGAAAAGAUUCAAGGUUGAUAAUGCAAUAAAGAUUUUCAACAUAUUUCAAUUUCCAGUA